CUGAUGGCAGAGCCCGAGCCCCCUCCGGAGCUGCAGGAGGAUGAAGCCGGAGCAUCCUCAGCCCCGCAGGGAGCGGCUGCGGGUGCUGCUCCGCACCCGGACCUUCCACGCAGCCUGUUAGACCCAGCAGAGGGUGUGGGGGUGACACCCCUGCACGGGGGCAGCCCAGACGCCUGCCGGGAGCCGCAGCCAGACAGCAGGGAUGCUUCCUUGGAGUUAAACAUGCCAGGGCUUCAGCUGGAUGAGGAUGUGGCCGGGGCUGGGAUCCCACUGGAUGUGGACGUGGCAGGAAUCCCGCUGGACGUGGAUGAAGGUGGGACAGGGAUCCCACUGGACGAGGAUGCAGAUGGAGUAGAGAUCCCGCUGGAUGUGGAUGGGGCAAGGAUCCCGCUGGACGUGGAUGCAGACGGAGUAGGGUUCCCACUGGAUGUGGAUGGGGCAGGGAUCCCGCUGGACCUGGAUGCAGAGGGAAUAGGGAUCCCACUGUACAUGGACACAGAUGGGGCAGGAAUCCCACUGGACAUGGACGCGGAGGGGGCAGGCAGCCCCCUGGACGCGGAUGACCCGGAGCGUCAGUGCCUGACCCUCGAAGAGCUGGGUGACUACUUCCAAGAGUGCAUCGAAGCUGUCGAGCAGCUGGAGCAAGAGAGAGACAGCCUGAUCGCGGAGCUCGCCCAGCUCCGGGAGCCGGCGCUGCAGGAGAUCCGCCAUGCCCACGAGGAGAUCCAGGCGGCCUGCCGGCUGCUGGCCAAGGUGGAGCUGGAGAGGGACAACCUGAAGGAUGAGAUCCGGCAGAUCAAGCAGAAGCUGUUCAAGGUGACGAAGGAGUGCGUGGCUUGCCAGUACCAGCUGGAGAGCCGGCGGCACGACCUCUCCCAGCACGCUGCUUACCAGGGCGAGCUGGAGACCCAGGCUGGGCAGCUCUCCGGCGAACUGUCCCGGCUGAAGGAGACCUGCGAGAAAGAGAAGGAGGUCUUGAGGCAACGCUUGGAGACUCCACUGUGUCGUCAGGAUAACCUGUACCUGCAGGAGAGCCGUCGGCUCUCCAUGGAGUUCGAGAGCUUCGUGGCGGAGAGCCGGCGGGGUUUGGAGGAGCACUACGAGCCCCAACUGCUGCGGCUGCUGGAGAGACGUGAGGCGGGGGUGAAGGCGCUGCAGGAGAUGCAGGGAGAGAUCCAGGGGAUGAAGGAAGCCCUGCGGCCCUUGCAGGGGGAGGUCAGCCGGCUGCGGCUGCAGAACCGGAGCCUGGAGGAGCAGAUUGUCCUCGUCAGGCAGAAGCGGGAUGAAGAGGUUGGGCAGUACCGGGAGCAGGUUGAGGAGCUGGAAGACAGGCUGAAGGAGCUGAAGAACGGGGUCCAGCUCCAGCAGCGCAAGAAUCAGGAACUGGAGGAGCUGAGGACCAGCCUCCACCAGGAGCUCUCCAUCUACAAGAGUUGCUUAGAAAUCUACGGCCACCUUUGCAAAUCGGAUGAAAAAGCAGAGCAGGACUGCUAGGACCGAUGGACUUUUCCUCACUGUAGCAAAAACAAAAGGACAGAGGCAUCUGCCAGGGACGUCUCCUCCUGUUGCUUAUCCUGCCCGAGGCACCGCAGCUGCCUGAAGCUGGGAAUACCAGACAAUCCUUUGCCUGGGUGUAUUUCUCAAGGUGCUGCUGUUAACCAUGUAGCAAAACUGCUUUUCCACAGAGGAGCAGAGAAAAUAAUACUUGCACUGAACCAUGGACACAUGAAGAAUAACAGAUGUAUGUUUUGCUGUGUUUGGAUAAAAAUGUAUCUCGUCUUGGUCCAUAGGUGGGUUGGAUAAGCCUGCACAGAAAGUUGUUCUGGAAGCCAGGGUUAGGGGGGUUGAUUUUUAAAGUUUACAUGCAAGAGAAGCUUCAUCCUUUUAACAGGAUUUUCUUUUGUAUUUCAAGGGUCUCUGCUGUAUUGCAACAUGCUUAAAGGUCCCUUCCAGCCUCAAUGAGUCUAUGCUCCACCGUGGGCCACAGGAACUAGUUUGUGGAUAAUAGGUUUCCACUUUAUAUAAAGUCUCACACUGAAAAUAAAGGUCAGAGUUGAAGGAUCCUUUUAAUUCUCAAAGCUGUGUCUCAAAGAGAAAAGAACAAGCCUGUGCGUCAAACUGAAGUACUUGUAUCAAACUAUCUAUGCUGCAGACUAAUAAAAAAAAUAAAAAAGUUCUGUGGCAAGGGCUCAAGGCAGACUUAAAACCUGGCACAUUUCAGUGCAUUGACUGCUCGGGGAUAUCAAGUACUCAUUUCACAAAAAGCAGCAGAAACAAAAGGGGGAGAAUCACCCACAUGUUACAAACUAAGGAGUAUCUAUAACAGCACUUAAGUCUCAUAGGACACACGGGUAGAGAAUUCUUUUCUCUGCUUUCUGAAAAGAUACAGUUUACUCUCCAGAAAGCAGUUAAUGCAGAAGGAGAACAUCGGUACAGAACUCACAAAGUUACACGGCGUUUACGUAGAAAAAAUUUAUUCCAUCUGAAGCACUUACACGCAAUUAGUCAUGAGGAGCAUGGAGAGUAACAGGUUGCUGGUGGAACAGGACACCCUAGUGGAAGAUGUGCAGGAACUAGUGGUCAAGGACUAACUCCUAAAAAAAGUAGUUCAUCCACAUUUAAAUUGCUUUACAGAUACCAGCUACCAAUGCUGUUUUGGGUUACUGGGCAUGCCAUCUGUGGUACAUCAGUUGGUAAAAACAUACACCUUUACAACUUGGUGGCCCCAAGUUUUAAAAACCAUUUCACAGAAAGGAAAGAAAUAUAUGUGAAAACACAGCUCAAGAAACACACAAUAGAGCAAAAUACAUGGAAGGUGAACAAUGCUCUGCAGGAAUAGCUAACGAAUCCAAACUGCUGUCACCCAGCAAACGGGAGAAAAGGGAAAGGAAGGAAGGAAUGAAAAACCCAGAAUUACCAGUAGAGAC